AUGCUCAGCUCAGCUCUGCUAUGUUGCCUGGUCUUCCUGGGUGGGACAGGGGCCAGCCGAGGCCAGGACACCCCUGCUGAGAACAGCUGCAUUCACUUUCCAGGCGGCCUGCCCCACAUGCUCCGCGAGCUCCGUGCUGCCUUUGGCAGGGUGAAGACUUUCUUUCAAUCGAAGGAUCAGCUGAACAGCAUGUUGUUAACCGAGUCCCUGCUGGAGGACCUUAAGGGUUACCUGGGAUGCCAAGCCUUGUCGGAGAUGAUCCAGUUUUACCUGAAGGACGUGAUGCCGCAAGCUGAGAACCACAGUCCAGCCAUCAGGGAGCACGUGAACUCCCUGGGGGAAAACCUGAAGACCCUCAGGCUGAGGCUGCGGCAAUGUCACCGAUUUCUCCCCUGUGAAAACAAGAGCAAGGCAGUGGAGCAGGUGAAGAGCGCCUUCAGCAAGCUGCAAGAGGAAGGCGUCUACAAAGCCAUGAGUGAGUUUGACAUCUUCAUCAACUACAUAGAAACCUACAUGACAAUGAAGAUAAAAAGCUAAAAGCCCCAGGAUGGCAACUCGGCUAGAGUCUAGGACAUCAGUUAGGGACCUGCACACCCUGGGUCAGCUGACCCAGCACCUUGGAAAGCUGUUGUACCUCUCAAUAUUUAUUACCUCUGAUACCUCAGCUCCCGAUCCUAUUUAUUUACCGAGCUUCUCUGUGAACUCUUUAGAAAGAAGCCCACUAUUAUAAUUUUUUCAGUAUUUAUUAUUUUCACCUGCAUUUAAGCUGUUCCCAUGGGGUGAUGCCCUGUGGGAUUUGAGUGUCUUAGGAGAAAUUAUAAUUUAUGUGAAAGGGAAAAAUGUGCCUUGGGGAGCCGACUGAGGCUUCCAUUCCUUCUGUGCCUGACCACACUUUCUAACUCCUAAGCCGAGCUCCCUCUUACCCUCUGGAGCCCGGACCUGGGCUCUCCGAGUGUUCCAGAGACUCCUAGCCUCUUAGGAAGAGAGACCCGGAAGCCCCUUGGGUGGUGACCCUUCCGGCAGCUCAGAGGGAGGCUCCUGACCUCGAUCUUCAACCCCUUAUUUAUAACACCCUCAAGUUGGUUCUAAUAGAACUCAGUUUUAACUAAAAGUGAUUCAAUUCCUCUGGGAAUGUUAUAUUGUUUGUCUGUCUUCUCAGCAGAUUUUACUUUUAAAUAAACAAAUGGAGCUCAUCCAAGUCAUGUAA